AUGUCGACCUUCCCCGGAUUCGGAACCGCCGCCACGCACGUCGGCCAGGAGCCGCUGCAAUGGGAGAUGCACCAGGUUGUGCCCCCGAUCUCGCUGUCGACGACGUACAUGCAGCUGCAGCCUGGGGAGCCCAAGGCCCACGAUUACUCGCGCGCCGGAAACCCCACCCGUGAUGUGCUGCAGAAGUGCCUCGCCGGGCUUGAAGCCUCCAAGCACGCUCGUGUCUUCUCCUCCGGGCUGGCCGCCUCGCAGUCGAUCAUCAACAUGCUGAAGACGGGCGACCAUGUCGUCUGCAGCGAUGAUGUCUACGGAGGAACUCAGCGAUUCCUUCGCAAAGUCUCCGUCCCUCACCAUGGACUCGAGGUCGACCUCGUUGAUCUCACCGAUCUCGAGAAGGCCAAGAACGCCUUCAAAACCAACACCAAGAUGGUCUGGUUCGAGUCGCCCUCCAACCCACUCCUCAAAGUCGUCGACAUCAAGGCCAUUGUUGCACUGGCCCGCAAGCACAACCCCAAGACGAUCAUCGUCGUCGACAACACCUUCAUGACCCCGUAUUUCCAGCGUCCUCUUUCUCUCGGCGUCGACAUUGUUGUCCACUCCCUCACCAAGUAUAUCAACGGCCACUCAGAUGUCGUCAUGGGCUCCGUGAUGACCGAUAGCGAUUCCAUUGAUCAGCACCUCUUCUUCCAGCAGCUCGCUGUCGGCGCUGUGCCAUCCGCUUUCGACUGCUUCCUCGUCAACCGCGGAAUCAAGACCCUGCACGUGCGCAUGCAGAGGCACUACGAGAACGCCCUGAAGGUCGCCGAGUUCCUGGAGAAGAACGAGCGGGUCGAGCGGGUGCUCUACCCAGCCCUGCCCUCCCACCCCCAGCACGAAAUCCACGUGAAGCAGACGAAGGGCAUGUCCGGCAUGAUCAGCUUCUACCUCAAGGGCAAGCUCGAGCACAGCCGCAGCUUCCUUUCCUCGCUAAAGGUGUUCACCCUCGCCGAAUCCCUCGGUGGCUACGAAUCGUUGGCCGAACUGCCCUCCGUCAUGACCCACGCCUCCGUACCAGCUGAGGAGCGCGCCAUCUUGGGCAUCGGCGACAACCUGAUCCGCCUCUCCGUCGGUAUCGAAGAAGUCGAGGACCUCAUCUCCGACCUCGACCAGGCCCUCAAGACCGCCAUCCCUAGCGUC